AUGGGAAAUCCUCUACAGCUCAAAUCACUUAACCACAUCUCCUUGGUGUGUAAAUCACUAGAAAAAUCAGUUGAUUUUUACGUCAACGUUCUUGGCUUCGUUCCAAUUAAGAGACCUACCUCCUUAAACUUCAAUGGUGCAUGGUUGUUUAAUUAUGGCAUUGGCAUACACCUUCUCCAAUCAGAUGAUCCAGAACACAUGACCAAGAAUCCACACAUCAAUCCAAAGGACAACCACAUAUCUUUCCAAUGUGAGAGUAUGGGAGCGGUCGAGAAAAAACUGCAAGAGAUGAAGAUAGAGUAUGUGAAGAAUAGAGUAGAGGAAAAUGGGAUAUACGUUGAUCAGUUAUUCUUCCAUGAUCCAGAUGGCACCAUGAUUGAAAUCUGCAAUUGUGAUAAUAUUCCAGUUGUGCCUUUAUCAGAGACCAAAGCGUGGUCUUGUUCGCGUUUCAAUUGCAACAUUCCAAAUAGGCAGCAGCAGAUUCAACAGAUGAUCCCAAUGUAA